UUACCGUUAUCUCUAAAAUCUCUCACUCACGCAUGCAUUAAUAAAAGACCUCCAUCAAUUCCAAACACAACCCUUUUAGUUUUAGUUCCUCACACAAACACCCAGAGAGCUACUGCCAUGAAGAGACAAGACGCCGUGUCUUCUUCGCGGCGGGAAGGCUCGCCGGAAAAUCUACAUACAAAGAGCAUCGGCUGCAUGUCCGGCAUUUUCCAACUCGUCUACGGAUCAAACCAGAGCCGUAGAUUCCUCACCUUCGGAAAAAGGCAGGAAAAUAACGCAGUCUCGUCUCCAAAGAAAUCGGUAAAUAAUUCAGUGGCAAAUAUCGAAGCCGAAAUUUCAAAAGAAGAAAAUAAAAUUAGUACAAUCCAGAGAUUCUCUUGCGAUGUACCUAGAAGUCCGACAUUGCCCGCCGAGAUCCGGCGAUCCAACUCGGUUAACUCGCCGGAGAACUUCCGUGCUCCACCGGCACUGGUGGCGCGUCUGAUGGGGCUGGAGGAAGGUCCAGUAAUGACUCCGGAAUCCACUGUGGAGAAAAGGCGGAAGCUAUUGAGAGCGCUGGAGAGAUGCGACGAGGACUUGAAUGCGCUGAAGAAGAUCAUCGAGGUUGUUAAGAAUAAUGUUAGCGCUGCCGGCGGAGGAGAUAGUGGAGAUGAGAAGAUCAAACGGUGUUCGUCGAGCCCAGUGGUGGUGUCUCAUCAUCGUCACGUGGUUCUCGACGAAUUCGCUCGCUGUGCUGUUAGUGGAGGGGACGCCAAACGUCACGCGAACGCUCGAGUGAUGACUCAACAACAACAACAAAGACAGCAACGGAAGAUUAUAAAACCUGUAGAAGAGGGAAUCGGCAACAACAUUUUCACAGAAAAGUUGAUGCCAACAGAAUGGAUUGAAGCCAAGACAAGCAAUAUCCAUAGCAGCAAUAUUGAUGAAGACUACUACGAAAUGUGGAAUGACAAGGUAAUGAUAGAGACUGUGAAUGAGAUAUGCAGGGACAUUGAUUGGGGCGAGAAGCGUGAGAUUGGAAGAAUAGGGUUGGCAUUACAUGACCGUAUUUGGAGAGACUUAGUUGAUGAGAUUGUUAGAGAUAUGAAGUGUUUUGUUGAGGUUCAUUCUUGUUCUUUGCCACUUGAGGCUUGUAGGAAAAGACUACGUUUCUAGCAUUGCAUAGUAAUACCACAUUUGACCCCCCAUUUAAGGACACGUUUUCUUGAGCUCUUAAGUUAUGGUUUUGGGAUUUACUUAUGGUACCUACUUAUGUAGGAAAUAUUGUUAUGUCCCAUUUGAGGCUUGUAGGAAAAGACUACGUUUUUAGUGUCCUAAAAGUAUAACAUGUACAUUUGAUUGUAGGUCAUCUAUAAGAACAUGCAUAGCAUUUUUUUUUU